AUGGCUCUCAGAGAACCACUGCUGUACCAAUCAAAGAGAAAGAUUAAAGAACAGAAAACAGAGAUCGAGGAUGAAAAAAGUGAGACUGGAGAUGCACCAGAAGAACCUGUGCCCAAGAAAGGAGCUGUGUCUGCAGUUUGGAAGUUUUUUGGUUUGAAAAAAAUCCGUCCACACCAGGCUAAAUCUGAAGGUAUUUAUGGUCAGAACUGGGAUGUGACAUAUAAUCCUGAUAGUAUCUGUGCUGUGAAGGGUUCAUCAGUAACCAUAUCCUGCUCCUACACAUAUCCUAGCGGUCAUAGAGUUGAAACAGUUUACUGGACAAAAAAUAAAAAUGGUAACCGCCCUGACUUGUCUGAAGAGCCAGCUUAUAGAGGCAGGUUUCAAUACCUUGGAGAUAAACAGUCAGACUGUAGCAUGAAACUGACUGAUGUGAGAGAGAGAGAUGCAGUUAUGUAUCUAUUCAGAUUUGAAACAGAUAAAACAGGGGGGAAAUGGACUGGUUUACCUGGAGUCCAACUCUCAGUUACAGAUCUACAGGUGGAGACUCCAGAGAGAGUGGUGGAGGGUGAUACAGUCACUCUGAAAUGUAGAACCAACUGUUCUCUGAGUAACACAACAACCUUCAUCUGGUAUAAAAAUGAAUAUGUUUUAACAAGGAAAAACAUGAAGAACAAUGAACUCUCUUUCCAGUCAGUCAGCUCUGAGGAUAGAGGCAGUUAUAUGUGUGCUGUACAAGGUCAUGAGAAUCUUCCCUCUCCUGCUGUCACUCUCACUGUCAUAUAUCCUCCAAGAAAUACCACAGUGUCAGUCAAUGCAUCUGGUGAAAUAGUGGCAGGCAGUUCAGUGACUCUGACCUGCAGCAGUGAUGCUAAUCCACCACAGAUAAACUACACCUGGUAUAAAGAGAAUGUAACUUCACCUGUAGGAUAUGGACAGAGUUACAUCAUCAACAACAUUCAGUCCAAUAACAGCGGACUAUACUACUGUGAGGCCCAGAAUAAACAUGGCUCUCAGAGAACCACUGCUGUACCAAUCAAAGAGAAAGCUAUAUCUCCCAGCCCUGAGCCUAAUCAUAAGGGCUACAUGUUUGCCCCCUCGGAAAUCUCAAAUGCCCCCUCAGUCAUUGCACCCUGCAGCCGGCCCUGGUAUAAUUAA